UGAUUUUUAUUUGUAAAUAACCACCUGUCCCCCCCAGUUGUCUUCUUUUUUACUGUGGUUUUACAGGAUGCCACGCAGAGGACGACGCUCGGAGGCGGCGAAGGUGCGAUGGAGGAAGCUGGAGAGUGUGCCGGACGUCGCCAAGCCAGGGACACCACCGCUCACGUCCCGGGCUUGGAGCCCCACUCAGUCUCCGCCGAAGAAGACGUCGCGACUGCUGGAGGGUGGCCCGCCCGACCAGAUGUUGCCUGCCGUCGUGCGCCAGGAGGAGCCCCGUGCGCCAUCGACCUCUCCUGGGUCACGCCGUGGGACGGGGCGCCGCCAUCGGGUGGAGACGUGGCCAGCUUCCCGGGUGACCAGACGUAGCUGCAAGUUGGUUCUGCCUACUGCCGAGGCUCUGGAGAAGAAGUUUGCUCUUUUGGUUGGUGAUUCUCAUCUGCGUGCUAUUGUGGAUGGGUAUUCUACCAUGCCAAAGGGCGACUUCUCCUUAGGGUUGCUUGCAUCCCCUGGAGCCUCUGCGGAAGAGCUGCGGCUUGAAGUCCAGAAUACACUUCUGCCUCGGCCCCCCGAGGUGAUCUGUCUUCUGGCUCCAAGCAACAACUUGACCGCCAGCAGGACCUUCGUGGAGGCCGGACGGGACUUUGCCAGGUUGUUGCGUUCUGUCUGCGAACUCUCUGCUAAUGUGGUCGUUGUGGACUUUCCACCACGCCUUGUCGUGGAGGAAAGUGUGCAACAGCUGCUGCGGCAGGAGUAUCGCCGUGUGGCUGCUCAGAGAAAUGUUCGGUACCUGCCUGUUACUGAACAUUUCCCGUUGAGCAGCCUGCACUUGUGGAGCAGGGAUGGCGUUCACCUGAGCGACCAUCCUGGGAUGACGGUCCUUUCUCAGUUGCUUCAGGCGGCGGUCUGCUCGCAACUUGAGUUAAGUGCACCGGAAUCUCCAGCUCCCGUGACGUUGGCUCCUCCCCCUCCUGGGACGGCUUCCCCCCCCGCGGCGAGACGUCCCCUGCCCCGGCUGGUUGUGGUUGGCGAGGUGGCUGCUCCGCGUCGUUCGGACCCCUUCGACUGGACUGUGGUUGGUGGCCGGAAGACAUCGCGCGGGGUCCAGGGUGGCGAUGGCUGUCCACACGCCACUGGGAGGAUGGUUGACCAACAGGGAGACCUGUUGGACUCUUCCAUCCCCCCGAAUCCUGUGUGGUUCAGCCCAGCGUUGCUGGAGGAGAUGGACCGGAUCGUUCCUGCGUCUGGCCGUGACGCUCCGCUACCUACAUGUUCUCCGAAGGGGAAGAAGAAGACGAGUCCGAGGCGUCGUCCGGUUUCUGAUCCCUCCAAGCUGAGUCCGGUGGAGCAGCAGAUGGAGGGAGCGCCGAGAGAGACCACCAGGCCAGCUCGUCGCCAGGCACGGAGACCGGUCCCCCCGAUGGACGUCGAGGCCCCCGCCGAGUCCUCUCCCGUGCCACUGGAGGACCAGGUCCGGGAUGGGAGCUGCCAGGUAACUCCUUCCUACCAUCUCAGUCACAACAAAUGGGUGGAACAUUGCAACAUGUGUAAAAAGUUGGCAUGCGUGGUUCUGUGUAUGACAAAGGUGCAAAAGAUCCUGUCACUCACAUGAGCAAAAAAGAUACAAAUGGUUGUGAAUAGUGAGUUUGUAUAUAUAAAAAUAUUAUAUUUUGAAGUUUUUCACUUUGUGGGCGUGAUGCUUCAUUUUUUGUGC